CUCCACUUCGUAGAUAUAUUUUAAGUAGAUUCUUUUAAAAAGUAGGAAUUGUUUUACAUAAAAGAUAAGAAAAAAAACUUUUCCCUCUUUUUCCUUUAUUGCACAAAUAGCACUAUAUAUUAUUAACAGCGUGUUAGGAAUGCACUUGUUCGGUGGCAAAUUGGCGAUGGUCCAAGGAGGAUCUCGUCAUGGCAAGCCUUGUUCAUGCCAAGAUCUCAAUUCCUACUCCGAAGUACGCUGUCUGACACAGAGAAAAAACUUUGAUUCAUUAUUGUGGGCACUAGUCACUGUUUUUCAGGUAGAUACACGUAUUAUUGCACCUUUUGUGUUGUUUUCUCCCUGCCUCCCCAAUGUUUUCUGAUUAUAGUUUUAUUUUGCGAGACCGAUGUAAUUGGGUUAAUACGGAAUUUUUUUCCUACUUUUAAAUCGUUCAAAAUUGUAUUCUAUUUAUGUAUAUGUAAUCAAUAUUACUUAACGAUUUGCAUCGGUCCUGCUAAAUUCUACCCUUUACACAAGUGAAUAUUCUAAUCGAUGUCCAGGCAUUUAGGAGUAAAUUUCUCGCUCGAUUGCCCCAAACAGAUUUUGACUCAGGAGGAUUGGAAUGAAGUUUUAUACCAAGGCAUGUCGAAAACGUCCCCAUGGGCUGCUCUUUAUUUCAUUGCUCUUAUGACGUUCGGCAACUAUGUAUUAUUCAAUCUACUGGUUGCUAUCUUAGUUGAAGGCUUCUCCUCUGAAGGCGAGGAACGGGAAAAAGCAAAGGAGAAGCAAAAAGAAGAAGAACAGUUAAAAUCUUUGGAAGGCGCAAAAAAUACUAACAAGGAAGCAGCAGCAGCAGCGGCGGCGGCGGCGGCGGCGGCCGCUGUUAGAAAGCAAAGCGUAAUAGUGAUGAUUGAUAAGAAUAAUAAGGAUAAAGAGAAAAAAAUGGGUAGCGAUGGGCAAAAUUCUCCGGCACCGGCUCCGCCGACUAUUCUUUUCAAUUCUCCUCCAAUUAUUACCCAUACUGCAGCCACUCCGGUUGCAACACCCCUUGAUUCACCACACGAAUCCGGAUCUUCUCCGAAUAAGAACACGCUAACGGUAGCAGCUGCUUUCGACCAAUGGGCUAUGGAAUCGCCUCGAAAAACCUUUAAAAGUAUACUAAAACCGUCCGCUUCCGACAGCAUCGACAGUGAAUCGGAAGACGAUCAUUCAUCCCGGCGAUCGUCGAAUGUUUCCAAUAUAUCAAAUAUCAAUUACAGUGACUGCAACGGCCAAGGCCUACAGACCAGGACACAAGGCUUAAACAAUCAACGAACGGUCAGACACAGCAUAGCGUCGACAACUUCCGGAGCCGGUCCGUCGCGACAGAAUUCGAUUAAUUCACAGAAUUCUAUCAGCUCAAGUCAAAGGGAGGAGUUGUACAAGCCUAACAACCUGUCGAAAAGCAACGACGGAGCAGAAGACGAAGAACAACCUGAUUGUCCAUGUAAAUGGUGUCCACCGCCAACGGGAUGCUGUCUCUCUAGAAGACGUUAUUCUCUCUACAUCAUUCCGCCAAAUAAUCGUGUCAAGUUGGCGUGUGUGGCGUUAAUCAAACAGAAAUGGUUCGACCAUUGCGUGCUUUUGUUCAUCGCCUUGAAUUGUAUUACCUUAGCUAUGGAACGACCCAGUAUACCACGAAGUAGUGUGGAACGAAUGUUUCUCACUUACUCCAAUUACGUCUUUACUUUCAUCUUCGCUAUCGAAAUGAUUGUAAAGGUGGUUGCAAAGGGUUUCGUUCUUGGGCCUCAUGCUUAUUUACGGUCGGGUUGGAAUGUAAUGGACGGUUUUCUAGUCUUUAUCUCCCUUGUCGACAUACUCAUAUCCAUCACUGCCAAAAAUAGUCCAAGGAUUUUCGGCAUACUUAGAGUGUUCAGACUACUGCGGACUUUAAGACCGUUAAGGGUAAUUAGCCGAGCACCCGGCUUAAAGCUCGUCGUACAGACCCUGCUAUCCUCGCUCAGACCUAUAGGAAAUAUUGUGCUCAUCUGCUGUACGUUUUUUAUCAUAUUCGGUAUACUCGGUGUCCAACUAUUUAAAGGAGCAUUUUACAAAUGCGAUGGUCCAGACGUUACAAGAAUUAGAAACAAAACAGAUUGCUUGAAUAAGGGACCACCCUAUAGAUGGGUGAACGAAAAGUAUAAUUUCGAUAAUCUUGGGCAGGCAUUAAUGUCACUAUUUGUUCUCGCCUCUAAAGACGGCUGGGUAAAUAUUAUGUACACCGGUCUGGACGCGGUCGGUGUUGACCAACAGCCUGUAAGAAAUUACAGUGAAUGGCGUCUACUCUAUUUUAUAUCUUUUCUCCUCUUGGUCGGUUUUUUUGUUCUCAAUAUGUUUGUUGGAGUUGUAGUUGAAAAUUUUCACAAGUGUCGCGAAAGUCAGGAACUCGAAGAAAGGGCGAGAAGAGCAGCCAAAAGGGCAAAGCGUAUGGAAAAGAGGAGGAGAAAAUUACGAGAAACGCCCUACUGGCACAACUAUGGCAAAAUUCGAUUACGAAUUCAUAAUGUCUGCACUAGUAAAUAUUUUGAUUUGGCUAUAGCCGGUGUCAUUGGGCUAAAUGUUGUAACUAUGGCUCUGGAAUUCUAUAUGAUGCCAGAUGAACUAACUAAAACCUUAAAAAUCUGCAAUUAUUUUUUUACAACCGUCUUUAUUAUAGAAGCAGCCGUAAAGGCGCUUGCGCUAGAUUUAACUAGGUAUAUGAAAGAUCGCUGGAACCAGUUGGAUCUUUGUAUCGUUAUUUUAUCGGUGACUGGAAUAGUUCUAGAGGAGAUGGAAUCGAAUGUAAUUCCCAUAAACCCUACAAUAAUUAGGGUGAUGAGAGUAUUGAGGAUUGCUCGCGUUCUUAAAUUAUUAAAAAUGGCUAAAGGCAUCCGAGCUUUGCUCGAUACAGUCGUUCAAGCUCUACCUCAAGUAGCUAAUCUAGGCCUACUUUUUUUCCUGCUAUUUUUUAUAUUUGCUGCACUUGGUGUUGAACUAUUUGGUCGUUUAGUUUGUUCAGCUGAGAAUCCUUGCGAAGGUUUAGGAGUUCACGCUCAUUUCCAUAAUUUCGGCAUGGCUUUCCUCACGCUAUUCCGCGUGGCCACCGGCGAUAAUUGGAACGGAAUUAUGAAGGAUACGUUGAGGGAAGGUUGCGAUUCCAGCGACUCUUGUGAACUGAAUUGCUGCGUCUCUUCUUUUAUAGCUCCAGUCUUCUUCGUCGUCUUUGUUCUCAUGGCGCAAUUCGUUCUAGUUAACGUCGUCGUAGCAGUACUGAUGAAGCACUUAGAGGAAUCUCACAAGAUCGUCGAUGAAGAUGCGCAGAUGGAAUUGGAAAUCCAACGAGAAUUGGAGGAAGAAUUACGAUUGAAAAAGCAGGCUGAAUUAGGCCAACAAACCAGCCCUAUAAUUAUUGAAAAGCGAGUUGUUAGAAAGCAGAAUUCAUUGCCCACCAAUUUUACAUUCAACAGCCCUCCUAUAAGACGCUCUCCCCGCCCUAUUCUCAUAAAACAACGAGCAGUCGACAUAUCGACUUCUUCAUUACCAACAGCAAGUCCACCAUUUAAGUUGGGGCGACAGCGGUUUUCCUGUGCAAGUUCUCCGACAUUUGAUUCAAGCGCUGACGACGAGUGCGAUGCGGAAGUCUUGGCUAUAACCGGUCGCAGUCCGACUCCCACCUUUUUCAUUCACCCUCCGCCAAGCUUAGAAAGCAGCGGCGAACACCACUCAUCUGAUGCUAGUUUGUCUUCGAUUGCUAGAUUGUUUGCUGACUCGGAUUCGGUGCCAAACCACGGGACGAUUUAG